UGUCUCCGUAGGCCCGGGGCCGCGCAUUCUCGGCGUCCGGAGCCGCCGCCCCCGCGAGCCUCCGCCCGGCUGGGACUCCGACGCGCGGUCGGCCCUGUGACCCCCGCCACCCCCGCAGCUCAGCAUGGGCGAGUUCAAGGAGAAGAAGGCCACGUGCGGCACCGUCUGCCUCAAGUACCUGCUGUUCACCUACAACUGCUGCUUCUGGCUGGCUGGCCUGGCUGUCAUGGCCGUGGGCAUCUGGACCCUUGCCCUCAAGAGCGACUACAUCAGCCUGCUGGCCUCCAGCACCUACCUGGCCACCGCCUACAUCCUGGUGGUGGCUGGGGUUGUUGUUAUGGUAACUGGUGUUCUGGGCUGCUGCGCCACCUUCAAAGAGCGGAGGAAUCUGCUGCGCUUGUACUUCGUCCUGCUCCUCCUCAUCUUUCUGCUGGAGAUCAUUGCUGGCAUCCUGGCCUAUGUCUAUUACCAGCAGCUAAACACAGAGCUCAAGGAGAACCUGAAGGACACCAUGACCAAGAGGUACCACCAGCCGGGCCACGAGGGUGUGACCAGUGCUGUGGACAAGCUCCAGCAGGAAUUCCACUGCUGUGGCAGCAACAGCUCCCAGGACUGGCGGGAAAGCGAGUGGAUCCGCUCCGGGGAGGCAGGUGGCCGCGUGGUCCCUGACAGCUGCUGCAAGACCAUCGUGCCAGGCUGUGGGCUUCGGGACCACGCUUCCAACAUCUAUAAGGUGGAGGGCGGCUGCAUCACCAAGCUGGAAACCUUCAUCCAGGAGCACCUGAGGGUCAUCGGGGCUGUGGGCAUCGGCAUUGCCUGCGUGCAGGUCUUCGGCAUGAUCUUCACGUGCUGCUUGUACCGGAGCCUCAAGCUGGAGCACUACUGACCACCAGGCCCCGCCUGGCCCCCGCCACCCGUCCCACUGACUACUGAGCUGACUGCUGACAGGCCACUCUCCCGCUGCACCCUCAUCCGUGACCCCUGGCAGCCCACCCCUGGGUGGGUGGCCGCAAGUGCCUUUUACUCACGCCCAGCCUGCGCCUGUGGGAGGCUGUCGCCUCUGGGGCUCGCUGGUAGGCUUACCCAACUGAGACAGUGGGCGGUAGGGGCAGCUUGCCUCUGCUCGGAGUCCGGCCAUCUGUCCCGCGGCAUGCCCUCUACGUGGGGUCAGCGGCAAGCAGGCUGUUGGAUGGCACAUGCGGGGCAUCUCGCAGGCCCAGGCGCCCCUUGUGCCCGCCCCUGGGGAAGCGCACAGCAGGCCCUCAGCUGCUUGGCUCCCUCCCAUCUGGGAGCUGAGGAGCGCCUGCUCAGUGGCCUGCGCCCCUGCCCCACCCCUCCCCUGCUCCUAGCAGCCACAGCCCUGGUUUGACCCUUCCCACUGCUCUUAACACCACUCCAGAUGCUGCGUUCAUGUGUGCACGCCCACCUGCCAGGUGUCCUGUGUGGGCAUAUGUUUUUACUCACUGUACUACAGACCCCCACAGCUGCUCCUGCCAUUGCAGGUGCUCAAUAAACGUUUGUUGAACAGUU